AAAACUAGUUUAACCUUUAUCAUAUCGAAACAGUCAUGUAUUGGAUAAGAAUGGUGUACUUUUUGACGUUUCUACUGCUCCUCUUUGCACAUAAUAAUGCAGAAUUAACAGCAAAUGAACUGAAAAUGUUUAAUGUUCUAGCAAACCGCGUUCAAGAACAAGCAAACAGCAUUAAAGUCCUUGAGAAAAAGUUUGAUAAUGUCGAAAAGGAAAUGGAAAGGCAAAAGGAAAUAAAUCGAGAACUUGGACACCAGUUAGAAAGCCAAAAGACUAUUUUGAGUCAGUUUAGGGCAAAUGGCAACCAAGAAGUCCUAGGAAACAUUAAAGAAGGAAACCAGAAUAAUACAAGAAUCGUUUGGCAUGAAAAAGAACAUGUUGCGUUUUCUGCAUUCCUAACGCAUACUAUCUAUAACUUAGGACCCGGGCAAAUUAUUCAGUAUGGAAGUGUCGUCCUUAACGAAGGAAAUGCUUACAACAAAAAUACCGGAAUCUUCACCGUCCCUCAUGAUGGCGUUUAUCUUUUUUCAUAUGCUUGCGAGGACUACCACAAUCACCAAAUCUAUGCAGACCUUAUGGUUGAUGGCUCACUAUAUUCCAUUGUUUUGGAGGGUCCAUCAAGCGCUCACAACAUGGGAACGAACGUGGUCAUUCUUCGGUUGAAGAAAGGUCAAGCUGUCUGGAUAGCAAUAGAUGCUUGGGGUCGGGACAAUAUUCUUCAAAAUGGCGCAUCAUCCUUUUCCGGUGUGUUUCUUUAUUACUGAGAUGCAUUAUUUGAAAAAUCUAUCUGAAUUUUUUCAUAGAGUGAUUGUUUUAUCAUAAUAAAGUGAAGA